AUGCUAUCCAGCCUGACUGGCACCGACGCGCAACGCCGCUUCCUCGAGACGGGAUUCGCCAAUGCUAGAGCUCUCGCCGACGUUGGUUUGGUGUAUGCCAUGGAAAACCACCGGCGAGGGGCUGAACUGUUUAAGUGGCUGUACGGCACCGAAAGCCCCGAACUGACGAGAACAAGCGUGACCACCUUUCUGAGAGGCAUCUCGGAGAAUGCCACGCCCGUUCUGGGCGAGCCGCGGGGAGGAAGCGAGCCCCAGAACGUUGACGUUGUGAGUCUUGCCCCCCUCGUCGCGCCAGACGGAACCGGUGAUGCCCCUCAAGCCGAGUACCUGGCUGACACACGAACCCAGGUAGUGUAUUGCACUCUCGAUCGCCUGCGUCUGGGAGCCCCGGGCAAGUCGGACGCCGCGCGAGUCUUUGAUACCGCGACCAAGGAGUUUCUUCGGCUGCUGCGUGGUCCGGUCGACGAAAGCGAGCUGACAGACGAGGAAAAGGCGAAGCUGGCUGAGGAACAGAGGAAGGCAGAGGACGACAAGGCCAUCACGGAGUGCAAGAUCAACUUUGCCUACUCAAACACGGCCGGAGAUCCAAACCACCCAGACGUGUUGCAGAUGUGCCCUUGGUUUCUCACGUACGCCAUGCAGCAGCACGCCCAGUUCGCCGGGCAGUUCGACUCGAGCAAGAUGGCCUCCAUGGUCAACCUCCUCAGGCUGGACAAGGCCGUGACCAAGGCUCUUUUAACGCCCAUCGACCUGUUCAGCCUGUUCGACAAGGUCCUGGUUCACGAGUGUCGCAAGCUGUCUACGACACGCGGACAAAAAGGAGCACAACGCAACGCAGAUUCUGUCGCCUUGUUCGCGUCCGCGGCAGGCCUGAUCGAGAGGGGCAUCACCGUCAACAUCGACGGCAGCUUGACCCUACCAGACGCGGCGGCGCCAGCAGCACCGGCCGACACUACGCGGGAGAAGGACUGGGAUCCCCAGGCUCUGCCGCCUGAUUUCGAGAAGCGAUGA